AUGGCUAGCAGCAAUGGUAAGUUUCAAAGUGCCGAAAUACCCACAUUUGACCCCCCACGAAAGAAAACUUGGCUGGCUCGUGGGCUGGGGCAGCAACCUCUGGAGAAGCUGCCUCAGUCUGUAAGGCCAAAGCUUCCAUCUUUGCAGCGUUCCAGUGUGCUGGACCCGACACAAAAUCCAGAUACUUUUCUUUUGCAAGCAGCCUGUGCAUCCCCAAUUCCAGCACUUUCUCCAACCAAAGGUCUAGAGAAGUUGAUUGCAACAUAUGAAAGAGGAGAAAUAAACCCAGUAUUAGCCCUGCAUCAGUUUGCACAAAUGCAACAUAAGCAACUUGAACUGAAAGAAACUGCUCUGACAGGUGAUAUUAUUCGACCUUAUUUUGCCUUUUCUGCUAUAGUGGAUGGCAUUUAUUUCAAGACUGGAUUGGGAAAAAACAAGAAGGAAUCUAAAAGAAAUGCAGCUAAGCUGGCUCUUGAUGAGCUAUUUCACCUGGAGCAUAGAGGGACAAAGGCUUCAGAAAAGUCAGAUCCUCCCAGUGUUCCUGCUGAUCCCCAGGUUGCAGCAAACUCUGUUCAGAUUUCAAGGUUCUGUUUUGAAGGAAGACAGUGCAUAUAUAAAAAAAUUUCUGAAUCACUGGCAGAAGUAUUUAACUGCCUGACCUCCAAAUAUCCUGAGUACCAAGGCUGUGGCAGUUCACUGGCUGCCUUCAUCAUUGAAAAAGGUGGACAGCAUGAAGUUGUAGCUCUAGGAACAGGAGAAUGUAAUUACAGUCAGUAUUUUCAACUUUCUGGAAGAGUAGUACAUGAUAGCCAUGCCAUUGUUAUUGCAAGACGUUCUCUGCUGAGAUACUUUUAUAGACAACUUAUGCUGUUCUAUAAGGAAAAUUCAUCAAGUACAGAGAAAUCCAUAUUUUGCACAGCACCAGGCUCAAAGUUGCUUACCCUAAAGCAAAAUUUAGCUAUCUUUCUCUACAUGAAUCAGCUUCCAAAAGGAACGGCGCAGUUAAAAUCACAGGUACAUCUCAGUCCACAAUCUAUAUCUGCUUACGAAGCCAAUGAAAACCUGAGCCUCCAUGUUGCUGUAGAAGGCAAGAUUUACCUAACUGCUUGUUGUUCUCCUGAAAGUGUUACAGCUAGCAGUAUGUCAGCUAGUGACAAAAUAACAAAAUGGGAAGUGGUUGGUGUACAGGGAGCAUUGCUGAGUCAUUUCAUUGAACCAGUGUAUAUCAACAGUAUUCUUGUAGGAAAUGGAAAUUGCAGGGAUAUAAGAGGACUAGAUGUAGCUAUAAAGCAGCGUGUUGAUGACGCACUUACAUCAAAGCUUCCCAUGCCUUAUGUGGUCAACAGAUCUCAUACAUACUUGGUGAAUGCUGCACAUCCAGUUCAUGUAGACUUAAAACAGGGCUCUCUGAGUUUGAACUGGUCACUGUCGGAUGCAUCACUGGAGGUUGUGGAUGGGUUAAAUGGAAAAACCACUGAAAGUUCACCAUUCAGAAGUGGCAUGUACAUGGCCAGUCGCCUCUGCAAGGCAGCGAUGUUCAGUCGUUUCAGGCUGCUUGCUAAGGCAGCAGAAUGUGGUGAUUUGAUUCAGUUUGCAACAUACCAUGAAGCAAAGAUUCAAUCUGAACUAUACCAAGAAGCUAAAAGCUUGCUGCAGAGCUACUUAGAGCAACAUAGUUAUGGCGCCUGGAUUGUGAAGUCUCCACAUAUUGAGCAGUUCAAUGACUGA